CAUGUUUUUAAAAGACUUUGUUCGCUCCUUUAACUCUGCGAAUAUGCCAAUCGAACUAAUUUGGAGUGAUUCGAUAAAUCUUUGAUAAUAAUAACAAACAUGGCAGAUGUAGAUGUUUUUAUAAGCAACUAUACACUAGUGGAUCCCGAAAUUUAUCAAUUAUGGAUCGAAGGAUUUUCCUCUAGCGAGGCGGUUUGCUACUUAAAGCAAAAAGGAUUUGGCCACUCAAUGGGUGCGCCAAUUGAUUUGAUAGCUUCCGAUGUCUUGGAUCAUUAUAGGACCUAUUCACUGAUUGAAUUGUAUUUGCAUGCGCCCACCAAAUUAAUGGAGCAAUCCUGCUUUCAGCUCGAGAACCAUACACGCGAUCUAAUUAUUGAGAAAUAUUACUCGAUUGAUGAUGUAGUGGCUCGUGAAAUAUUGGGUAAGAAAUUAACAUCUCGCUAUCGCAAGGAUCUGGACGAAGUUGGGGAUAAAACUUGCGUUAAGCUAAAAUCGUGUCGUCGUCAAUUUGAUAAUGUUAAACGAAUUUUUCGUACUGUGGAGGAGAUGCCUGGCACGUUGACCAACAAUAUAAUGCAACAUUUCUUUAUAUCCAACGAAUUGGCCAAAAAAUAUGCCUGCAUUGUAUUUCUGGCUUGUCUUCGCUUUGAGACAUCCAAAAAGAAGUUGCAAUAUUUAACUUUCAGCGAUUUGCUCACCUGCUCACACUCUAUCAUGAUCUAUUGGACGUAUACAUAUCAGCACACUGGACCCGAAUAUUAUGAUACCGAAAUGGAUAAAGAAUUUCUGCUAGAUUUACGUGAACUGCGUUGUUUACUAGAUAAAGAAAAAGAAAUUAAGCACUUGGUUUGUAUGCGCCUGAAGCCUGUAUUGCUGGAGCGCGCUUUUAACGAGUUGGAUGGAAAUUUUCGGUCAUAUUGGCGUGCUCUAAUUACCAUAGCGUGUAAUCUGCAUCGAAAUCGCGAGUUGCGCGAUUUAUUCGUCGAUCUCUGCGAAAGACUUGUAGAGCCUUGGCGACAAAAUGGUUGGAAUCGCGAGCAAGUGAACAAAUUUCUGGCUUCCAUAACACAGAGCGUUCUAGAUUUGGAAAUAUCUAGGGACCAGGAAACGCGUUGUCUUUGGGAUCGCUAUAUGCAGGUCAUAACCAUAUGUUUAGAUAGAAUGUAUCAUGUUUAAAGAAAAAUGUUUUGUUUAUGACAAUGUUUUUUUU